AUGGAUUUAGAAGAAGCACCAAAACAUCCUGUUAUUGUUAGACCAAAAGUUAAUGAUAUCUCACGAAAUAUUCAACAAGUAAGUUCUAAUAUAUCAAUUAAUUCUAUUGUUGGGACAACUGCACAAAUUGGAACAUCAUUUUUAUCACUUUUUAAACUUGUACAACAACCGAUUGAUGAAGAGACUGUUAAGUCAUUAUAUUUAUCUUCAUCUUAUUGUUACUCAUCUCUCUGGGAAGAAAAAAAACAUAAAUUAACUUCAGAAAUAGCAUUAGUUAUGAUAUUAAAAGGAUCAAAUUCUAUUGGACUUAGGUUUGUAUUAAAUGAAAAUUGUAUUCCAUCAUUAAUAAAUGAAGAACAAACGAUAAUAUCUUUACGUAUUUUUAUUUGGACAAUGGAAAAAACACAUCGUGAAUGUUUAUUAAAAUGGAUUCAAAUGAUUGAUCGGUUAGAAGAAGGAGAAAUUAAAGAAAUGACUUUAAACCAAUUAUUCAUAUGUUUCUGUUGUGAAAAAGAAAAAGAAAAAAUACAAUCUUUAUAUCAAGCAUUAAAAGAUUCAAUCACAGUAUUUGAACCUGAAGCUGGAGAUCCUUUAUUUUAUGAUGAUGAGGAAUCAGAACAAUCUUUAUUAAUGGCUGCAUCAGUUCAAACAAUGUUUCAAUUUGUAUUUAAUAACACAUUAAUAGAAAGUAAUUUUAUUGAACAUUUCGCUAUAUUUUCUAUAUUUAUUAUAGACCCUCUUUUAUUUAUUGAAUAUCUUGAAAAAAUUACUUGUUACUUAGGAGAUGAAAUUUCUUCUAAUCAAUUAAAUUCAUUAGAACAAAAUUUAUAUUCAAGAAGGCUCUAUUCAUUAUUUAGAGGUUGGUUAGAAAUGCAUGCAGAAUAUUUCUCAAGAGAAUGUCCAUUUUUGCUUGAAAAAAUUAAAAGAUCAAAAACAAUUCAAUAUCAAGGAUUUAACGAACAAGAACGAGUUGUAAUUAACGCUCUUAUUGGAAGAGCAAGAAGUAGGUCACCAUUAAUGUCACCAUCACUUCAUGAAAUAAAUGAAGGAAAAUUAAAUAUGCCAUAUAAAUCAAUAAAAGAAAUAAAAGAAAUGUUUGAAGAAUAUAAAAAUUAUAAACAUGCAAAUAGAACAGUAAAACAUGUUAUUAAUGAUAAAAUUAGAUUACAAUUUGCACAACAAUUAACAUUAUUUGAUCAAGCCAAAUUAAGGUCAAUUAAAUUAUAUGAAAUUAUAACCAAAAAAGAACAUUGUCAUUCCAUAGAUUCAUAUAGUAAAUUUAUAAGUAAAUUAGGUGACUUAGUUUCUUCAAUUAUAACAUCUAAUUCACUUGAACGAAUUAAAAAUGAAAAAUUCUUUAUUAGACUAACACUUACAUUAGUUAAAUUAGGUAAUUUUAAUGUUGCUUCAACAAUCUUCUCAUCACUUCAUGUAGCUAUAAAUGAUGUUGAUUUUAAUAAAUUAAGUAAAGAACUUCAAAAUGAUUUAAUUAAACUUCGUUCAUUAUUUUCAUUAACUUCAAAUUAUAAAAGGUAUAGAGAAGUAUAUAAUAAAUCUAAUUAUCCAAAACUUCCAAUAUUAUUUGUUUGGAUGGGUGAUUUGUUUCAUACAAAUGAAUUACCAGUAAUGUUUGAUGAAGAAAAAAAAUUGGUUAAUGUUAAAAAGAUACGAUCAUUAGGAAGAAUUAUAUUAUCAAUAAGAGAUGCACAAACAAUAAGUUUUCAUUUUAAUCCAUUACCAAAUGUUCAAUCUUGGUUAAUGAAAUUAUAA